AUGGGAUCUAGUCAGAAGAAGAAAAAGGAAAAGCAAAAAGAUUUCCAGGCAAAGGCCAAACCCACAAACUUCACCGACACAAGCUUCAAAUCGAAGGGAAUUGUCCUGAGCCAACAAUCGCUAUCUACUAAUGCACCCUCAUCAUCAUCCCAAUUCUCCCAUCAUCUCUCCCUUCUCUCCUCCAAAUCCGACACACAGCGCAAGGAAUCACUUGCACACCUCACAACAUCCAUCCUCUCAAGACCCAUCGACACUGCACUUCCGCAACCAGUAAGCGCAAUCUUACCAAAACUAGUCCCUCUACUCCUCGACGCCAGCAACAGCGUACGAGCCCAACUAUUGAAAUUCCUAAAGAGCCUACCCCCUGCUGAUAUCGAUGCCCAUGCUGCCCAACUGCUACCCUAUAUUCGCGCUGGAAUGACCCAUCUAGCAGCCGACAUCCGCUUGUCUGCGGUUGAAGUACUAGGCUGGCUGGUCGAUACCGCUGGAUCAGAGAUCGUCGCGUGUGCUGGCGGCUGGAUCAAAACUCUAAACUGCUUUUUGUCGCUUCUCGGCUGGCAUACGGAGGAAUCUGCCAAGUGGUCGUCGAAUCGAAGCUCCUUUGGGAAGGCUGGUAGCGAAGGGAGACCGAUGGUAAAAGCAUUGCAGGUCCUGGCUGAGUUCCUACGUGCUGGAAUCGGUAAAGAAGAGGAAGAAACAGAUACAGACGAACUACAAAAUAAUCAUAUACUGUCAGAUCAGUUAUAUUUCCCGCUUGAUCUCUCUGUUCAGCAGAAUAUGAUCCCCAACAGACCUGCGCCAUACGCAUAUCUGAAUCUCUUUGGACAGCCGCGUGACGCCGAGAGCGAAAUGUACGAGAGUCGUGAAGAUCGACUCCGAGUUUUCGCCGAUAAGUUCCGAAGAGCUGUUGAGCGUGGAGUUGAGAAUGCACGCAAAGAAGGUGGCGAAGUUGGACGCGCAUCAGCGGGUGUAUCCAAGGUUCUUCGAGAUGCUGGGCCAGUUAGUGUGAUGGCUUGA